CUGCAAUGGCAUCCAGGAACUCUAGCGUGCUGGCAUGCAACUACGCCAUAUCGGGUGCCGGAUCGUCAGAUCUCGGUGCGAAGCAUGCCUCUAUGCCUUCCGUGGCUUCUCCCGUCAUAAACUACCAGUGAUCAGGGCCCAACAGGCUAAUAUUGAUUCAAAAGAGUUGCACGAUUCUGCCAGCCAAGGAAGAAGAGCAGCGAUUCUUUGCCUUGCAGCUGCCCUUUUUACAACUGCUGCCUCCACCUCUUCUGCUAAUGCUGGAAUCAUUGAAGAACUACUUGAAAAGAGCAAAGAAAACAAG